GCACUUAAAUUUAUCUAACUUCUGUCAUUUUAUUUCGAAAAUAUACACACUGCAAAAAUUCCACAAACGCAAUCUGAAAAGAGACGAGAGAGAGAAUAGUUUCGCCCGAGCGAAACGUCGCUGUUUUUUCGCAGUGUGUGCAGUAAUAAAAUUAAUAAAUAGGAAAAAUAUCCUUAGAUCACCAUUACCAUAUAAGUUUUCACAUCUCUCUCAAUUCACAAGGCAAACUAUUUUUUGGUCACAUAAAAAAGGAAAAAUCGAAAGAAAAAAAACUAAUUAGGUAUCCGUCGUCGGUUCCUUUUGUUCUCGGAAAAAUUACAAAAAAAAAAUUAUACUCCAACAAAGUAAAAAAUCGUCCUUCGCGUCAAAACUCUAUCAUAAAUGUGUUAAAAUAAAAGAAAGAAAAAUAUUACUUGGUAUUUUUAAAAUCCCUGAAGAUAAAAAAAAGGAUUUACAAUGUCUUCAACUAGUGAGCAGAACAACAACUGUGAUGUGCAUUUGCAUGCAGAAAUCGAAGUACUGAAGCAGGCUCUCAUCGAGAAACAAUCCGAAUUAAUUGCCAUGGAGACAGCGUGCUUGCGGGAGUCCGACCGACAAGUUGAACUUGAAGAUAGUAUCAUAGCGUGGCAGGAUAAAUACGAUCGAUUGUAUGAGUCACACAAACGUGUGCAAAAGGUAAAUCAGACACUUGAGGACAAGCUGCUCAAGCUAGUCGACCGGAACUCGGGGGAACGGGCUCAAUUGACUAGCGAUGUGGCUACAUUGAGCGUUCGACUAGCGCAGGCCAACUACAAUAUAGCAAAGCUGCAAAGGGAAAUCGAACGUUACAAAGCGGAUAUAAAUUUGGCCAUCCAACUAUUGCAGUGCAAGCCGGACAGUUUUGUCCCCCAAAAAGUAUCCUCGCUUCCAAUCGAUAUUCAAUCGAAGGUUUCAUCGUACAUGAGACUAGAAACAAAUUCACAUUCCGAUUCAGAGGGCAGCACCAGCGGAGUCGGUGUUGCAACAUCGGGUUCCUACAAAGUACUUCCAGCCUCGGACUCACCACCUCCAGCAUGCCCCUUCCCGCCAACCGCAAUGGUAUACUCAAUGAGGGGUCUCGGUAAGUAUGGCAGCAAUCCCAACAGCAAUACCAAUAAUAAUUCCAACUGUAAUAAUAAUGAAAACAACAACAACAAUAAUAAUAAUAAUAAUGGAGAUCAAAUGAUCUCCCCCUCAACUAUGGCCAAGUUUCUCGAAGACGAACUCAAGGCAAAUGAAGUCAAACAUUGUGAUACAUGCCAGUGCUCAACAAAAGAUUUAACCGUUCUGGCUGAUGUACAGCGAUCAUAUGCUGUUGCAACUCAAACACCCCUACACGGCGAAACCAAUUCCUCACUAUGUCUGCGCUGCAAUAGCAAUUUGAAUUCACCGUCAAGGACAAACAGUCCCUACAUCAUGAAACUAGUCAAAUCUAGCGAUUCUGUGAUAUCCGAAACAAAGAGUAGCGUUUCCGACCUAAAUGACUGCGAUAAGCUCUUUACCCCGGCCAAACGUGAUGAUCUAAUGGUCAAUCCAAUAUUGGGCCACCAUCGUUUGUGUGAUCGAACCGCUAGUAAAUAUGCAAGUCUCUUGCAACAGCAACAACAACAACAACAGAAUCUUUAUACUGACACUGCCAAAUAUGUGUUGGAAAAUAAUCGAAAGUUCGCAGAAAGUUGUGAUCUAAUCGAUCUGCGGAAAUAUAGUGAUAAAUCCCCCGGGAAACAGGGAGUGACGGCGACGACAGCAGCGACGACGACGACAGCCAGUUGUGAUAUUAGUAAAACGACAACGUGUGGUGCUGCAACAAAGGAGCAGGCUCCGGCGUUGAGUAGAAAAAUUGAAACACCUGAUGAAAUGAGACUUAGUAGCAGUAGCGGAAAUGUACAGGGUAAACUCUUAGAGACUAGCGAUGAUUUGGAAAAGAAAAACGAUGAUACGGAAAAGAGCAAUCUGCGAUCGGGCAUGUCGGGCAGUAUGAAUAGUGUUUGGAGCAAGACAAGCAGCUGUGAGGGCGCCAAAAUGUUUGAGAACUUCAAUAGGAAUCUCAUUAAGACCAUUAAGGCUGAAAAUCCCAAAUACCGUGGUCCCCGUUUGUGUGCCAUGCGAAUCCAACAAAACGGCCAAAGCAAUAUUCUUCUCGAUAACAUGGAAUCACCAGCCGAAGCGACUCCAAUAAUCUACACUCGACGGCAACGUUUCCUCGACGAAGAACUCGACGACACAAAAGAUAUUAUCACAUCCAAGAUAUCAAUGGUGAUGACAAAUCAAACACAAGUAGACGUUGUAGUCACAAGCAAUGGUAAUGCAUCAACCGAAGCUGCCACCACAAUCGCCAAGCGGAUGAGCAAUGACAAGCUACAGCAAAGCUGUGACAUUGCCAAUUCCUCAUCUGAAAAUAAUAUUAACUGUAAAAUGGACCUUAGCAGUAGCAACAAUAAUUUAAGCAUAGAUCUAAUUAACGAUACCACACCGCUAUUAAGCGUUACCCAUAGCAAUAAUCCGCAGCCAUCACAAUCCCAACCGCAACAGCAGCAGCAACAGCAACAGCCGUUACUGCCACCCUCAGAAGUCAAUAUUGACCGACAACUCACCAAUAGCUAUUUGGAACAGCAAUUCAAGAAUCUCGUGACCACGGAACAACAACAACAAUUACUCAAAGCCUCGCUCAACUAUGACAUGCUUCACCAUAACGAGGUAAACUGCAAAGCGUCUGUCAAUUCGAAAUCUUGCACACAAUCGAGUUCAAUUAGUGACACAAUCGAUCUGCAGGAGAGUGUCCUUUUGCGACGUCAGCAACUGAAUCGAGUUGCUGAAUGGGUGCAACAUAAUUCGCAAUUGGAACAGCAGCAACCGAUAAACGAUCACAGUGAAACCUAUGCAUCCAUGGAGAAGCUUUCAAUGGAUUCUGGAUACAAGACGGUCAACCAGCAACCACAAUCAUCACAGCCACCACAAAGCCAUCACCAUCAGGAACCCUUGAAUACGUCCAGUAAGUUGACAUCAAGUGCCACAAGUACCUAUCAGUAUGAGGAUACCCCAAAGCAUGGUUAUCGGCAUCACUUGGACAACUUUCAAGCUCCAUCAGAAUCUAAGGCUAACUAUAUGAAUGGCAAUGGUAAUGGCAAUCAGCAAUCACUUCAAGAGGUCGUUAACAACUACAAGUACCGCAAGGAUAGCGAUAAUAACUCCAAUAAGCCUGUCGAUAUUGCUCAAAUGGAAUACAAUGUUAAGCAGUUCCUGUUGAAACAGAAUGAAUGGUCGAUGCGCAGUACGAAAAAUCAUUCGACUGCGACAUCUUCUAAUUUCAGUAAUACUCCAAGUCAGACUCCGAAAAUGUUUGGAAGUAAUCCUCCAGGAAUGACAAAUGGUGAAUUGACGAGGCAUAGACAGCAACAUCAGCAGCAGCAACAAGCAAUGCGAAUGGCUCCACAUCGGACUGAAACGAAUUUGUAAAUUAGGACAACUAUACAACUGUUGCUGAUGGUUGAAUAAAAAUUUAUAGUAGCAA